AAAUCUAUCUUCUUAUCCACACCUCCAACCCGCAGUAAGUGAGGACCCAUAGGCCAUAACCAGACCAGUCACUUUAACCAAUCAUCACACAAAUGCUGCUAAGUCCGAAGGCAAAGAACCCACGAAAGUUUUGAAGAAACAGGAGAAGACACAGAAAAGGAGAACUUCAGUGGACAUGGCUACAGUAUUGGGGACUUCUGCUUCUUCUUCUUCAAUAGUGGCAAUGUUAGCUUCUAGAUCCCUUUCUUCUUACUCAACCACGUCCUCACUUCCGUCUUUCUCUCCAAUUCCAGGGUUUGGCCAAGGAAGGAAAUUCUAUGGAGGUAUUGGAGUUAAAGUAAGGAAGAGAAGGUCCCAAUUCCAAGUUUCAGUUUCCAAUGUUGCCACUGAAACUGGCCCUGCUCAAGAGCAGGCUAAGAGGCUUGUUUCAACUGAAAGCCAAAGACCAGUCUAUCCAUUUUCUGCUAUAGUUGGACAAGAUGAGAUGAAAUUAUGCCUCUUGUUAAAUGUGAUCGAUCCUAAAAUUGGCGGUGUAAUGAUAAUGGGUGAUAGAGGAACAGGGAAGUCAACAACAGUUAGGUCAUUGGUGGAUUUACUUCCUGAAAUUAAAGUUGUUGCUGGUGAUCCAUACAAUUCGGAUCCAAAUGAUCCAGACCUGAUGGGUAUUGAAGUCCGAGAGAAAAUCUCUAAAGGUGAGGAGCUGUCAAUUACAUUAACCAAAAUCAACAUGGUUGAUUUGCCAUUAGGUGCCACAGAAGAUAGAGUCUGUGGAACAAUUGAUAUCGAGAAGGCUCUUACAGAAGGUGUAAAGGCAUUUGAGCCAGGUCUUCUAGCAAAAUCUAAUAGAGGAAUUCUAUAUGUUGAUGAGGUUAAUCUUCUUGAUGACCAUUUAGUGGAUGUUCUUUUGGAUUCCGCUGCUUCUGGAUGGAAUACUGUUGAAAGGGAGGGAAUUUCAAUUUCACAUCCAGCUCGAUUUAUUCUUAUUGGUUCAGGAAAUCCAGAAGAAGGUGAACUUAGACCACAGCUUCUUGAUCGGUUUGGGAUGCAUGCACAAGUGAGUACUGUGAAAGAUGCAGAACUCAGGGUGAAGAUUGUCGAAGAGAGAGCUCGUUUCGAUAGAAAUCCUAAAGAGUUCAGAGAAUCUUACAAGGCAGAGCAAGAAAAGCUCCAGCAGCAAAUUUCUUCAGCAAGGAGCUCUCUUUCUGCCGUUACAAUUGAUCAUGAUCUGCGUGUUAAAAUAUCAAAGGUCUGUGCUGAACUGAAUGUCGAUGGAUUGAGAGGAGAUAUAGUUACAAAUAGGGGGGCAAGAGCAUUGGCUGCUCUCAAAGGAAGAGAGAAAGUUACUGCAGAGGAAAUUGCCACAGUCAUCCCAAAUUGCUUGAGACACCGUCUCCGAAAGGACCCCUUGGAGUCAAUCGACUCUGGAUUACUUGUCAUUGAGAAGUUCUACGAGGUUUUUAGCUGAGGGAGUUAUAGGACCCCUUUGUUGUAGUUUUUGUUGUAUUGUGUAGACCGGUUGUUGCAUUCUUUUUCCUGAAAUGUUCCCUUGCGGAGGAUGAAAAGCCAAGCUGUUUCUAUAGUGGCUUUAUCCCACGAUAAAUGAUUUGUGAGGCUCCUUCUAGAGUUGUUCAAGUUUAAGUUGAAGAAAAUGUCAUUGAAGCAGGUUUUUAAUUUUUAUACCUCAUAUUACCAUGUAUCUGAUACUUAUUAAUCUUUUUUGUUAUUUGCAAUGGUUUGUGCUCUACA